AUGCCGGUACUCCUUGAUAAUAUACAAUUCUACCACGGCCCUUCAAAGGCUGCAAAACGGCCAUCUUUUGCCUUUAACAGCAACCAGAAAGGUUCUGAAGGGUUUAAUACCCUGCUUUCGGGCGAGCAAGCCGCAUUCUCUGAUGAACCUGCCUAUUUGGCAACCGACGCCUCGACAAUAGUCCCGACUGGCUUCGUUCCUCCGGCCGCCAAUGCAGAAAAUACAACGCAUCAGCAUGCAGUUGGGUCGCCCAACCUGUUUGACAUCGAACUGGCGAGGUCAUGGGGGGCGGCAAUGCCAUUGUUAGGGACACUUGAGGCUAGCGACAGAGAUGCGUGUCCCUAUACCUCAGACGAAAAGAUGCCUGGCGACUCCCCAUCCUCGUUCGGCGCAAAUUCCGGCAAAAGCGCAGAGUUGGACUGUUCAGAUGUCUUCCCGAGAUCCCAACCAAGUAGUGCCAGCCCUCUACAGCCUCCUCAGCCCCCUUCUAUCGCGGUUCUUUCGCCAGAAUCAGAAAUCUCGUAUCCUGAGACUCUGCAAUCGCAUAUGGUGGAAGAUGUUCAGUGGAGACGGAAUCAACCAUCCUACAACGUGGACUUUGAAUCUCUUAGUCCCGCUCACGCUUGGGAUAUGUCCGAUAUGUCUACUGAAUUUGGCGAACAUUCUUCCAACACUGCACCCUCUUCCAUCUCAUCCUGCUCAGCUAUUGCCUCUAAAAAGCGAAGCGAAACGAGCCCCUACAUUCCUUCCCUGGAGAAUUGUCCCGACGACUGUUCGGAUGACCAUGAAGAAGUGAGCCAAACCAGACUGAUUUCAGGUUGCUUCCCCGAAAUCGUGCCUGAGUCGGACAAUUCUGGACCGGUCGAUCCGCUGCACUUUAACAUGCCCGAUUCGAUGGAUCACGAACAAGCCAAUAGCCGCGAGUCUGUUAAUUCUCCUAUGACAACUCCUAGUGUCGAAGGCGACAAGAACCCCGUUUUCACUAAUCCGAGAAAAUGCAAAAAAAAGAACGCCCAUUGCCUUGGGCCGGAAAACAACACACUACUCGCAACGAGUGCUCCUCUUAUUCCUCCGCCACGGCCUAGGCCUGUACGGAGUGUACGCUUAAGGCCAAAACCUGCUCUAUUAAAUGCAUAUGGGAGCGAAAGUAGUGAGGACUGUGAUGAUUCCUCGGACGAAGACUUCGUGAGCGGUGCAAUGCAAUCAGAACUCUCGGACGUUCAUCCAAGUAGGACCGCUCCCUACUAUCCCAGCGAUACGUCCUUUGGUUCAUCGACCCAGCAUUACGAGAGUCGUGAUAUUGUUGGGCGGGCAAUUCUCACUAUUGAGACCCAGGGAUCAGAGCCCACUUUCUUCUUCACUCUCGUGCCCGACAACGUGCCCUCGAUAUCAUAUGUUGCCGCGCACAGUCCUCCACACAACUCCGAGAAAGCAGGUGGAGUUUUGAAGCCGUCAAUGAGCGUAAACCGUUCAACUCGUGCAACUCGUGGGAAAAGUAAACGCCGGACCUAUUCAACGGACGAGAACAACUUGCUGGUGAAGUUGAGGGAGGAAAGGAAGUUAACAUGGAAGGAAAUCACCGACUAUUUUCCUGGCCGUGCUUCCUCUGCGCUACAGGUUCACUAUUCUACUAAAUUAAAGCCCCGGAGAGCCAAAAGAAGCCGUCCGCAAAGUCGGAGGGGCAGAAAGAAAUGA